AGUUGAUUAAACAGUCACCCUGGAAUGUCACUCCACGGAUGGGUGUGGACCACCCGGAUAAGGUGUCCUUUUACUCUCUUCCGCAGCAUACAAACCGCCCAUUGUUGAGCCAGCAGAUGAUAUAAGAUGAUCAUCGGCGUCGGAAUUACAAGGCCGCCAUCCGCGACGGGAUUGAAGUUUCCGUUUAGCAUCUCCCACCGCCUCCUGAGGCCGUGCCGGUGUGGUCCCGGCAACGAGGACGACCGUUUCCUGAACUCCGUCCUUCUCGCCUCCCCGGACGACGACAACCUCCGCCGUAUGCUCCGCCAAUUCGUCGAGUCCACUUCCCAAGACUAUGCCGUCGGCACUCUCUUCCGCCUCACCUCCCCCGCCACCUCCUCCUCCAACCCUCGCCUCUCCUCCCUCGCCCUCCCAUUAUACCAAGUGCUUACGGAAACCGCGUGGUUCCAAUGGAGUCCGAGGGUAGUGACGAAAGUCAUCGCCCUGCUGCACAAGCAAGAACAGCACUGUGAGGCCGAAUAUCUAACAAAGGAAACCAUCUCCAUAUUAAACGUGAGAGGGAAGAGCGCCCUGACGAUCUUCUACGGGCAACUGGUAGAAGAGCUAUCAAAGCACGAAUUGCGGCGAGAAGUUCUCCAUACUUGUGAAGAGCUGAGGCGGCACCUCCUGGUUGGAAACCGCCCAGCGGCUUGGGCAUUGCUGUUCGGAUAUCAGUCCAUGAUCAAAGCCAUGCAUCUCUUGGGAAUGCCUUAUAUAAUCGAGAAGCUGAUGGAGGAAAUGCGAGAGUUAGGGCUUAAAGUAUCCGCGUUUGAACACACGUGUUUAGUGUAUGGGUAUGGGAAACUAGGUCUAUUCAAGGAGAUGAAGAGGGCUUUGGCUGAUAUGAGGAGAGAUGGGUUUGCGGUCGAUAGACUUGUUACUACCAUGGUGCUUUCGUCCUUUGGGGCACACGGGCAGUUGGGGGAAAUGGAGACAUGGCUUCGAAAGAUGAAGGAUGCGAAUGUGAAACCCCAUAUGCGGACUUUCAACACUGUCCUCAACAACUGCCCUAAACUACGGGCGUUGCUUCAGGACGCGAUGGAGAAGGACGAGGACUUGCCACUUUCACUCAAGGAGUUGCUGGAUUACCUUGGGGGGGACGAACGCUCGCUGGUUCUCUGUCUUGUUGAGUCGUCAUCUCUGAUCAGGCAGACGCGCAUCUGGGCAAACUUGGAUUUGCAUGGGAUGCAUUUGACCACUGCAUACUUGUUCAUGUUACUGUGGCUUUGCGAGCUUAGGUGGAUAUGUAAAAGACACAGUUAUAAGCUGCCGAGUGAGGUUAAGGUUGUGUGUGGGAAGGGGUCGCACAGUGUCGUACGAUUUAAAUCCCCUUUGCAAGAGCUGGUGCAGAAAAUGGUAGUACAGUUGGAUUUACCACUUAGGAACGACAGCGAGACAAUCGGAUGCUUUGUUGCUAAGGGGAAGAUUCUUAAAGACUGGAUGUUAUCGCAUAAGGGUGAGAGAUUUGAUGAUGAGUGUUUUCUCAAAGAGUCAGUGAAAUAGCAUCCAAUUCUUCGAAAAAAGGGUCUUAUUGACAUCAUCUCUGGUAUAGACAUUUUUUUGUGGAUAGAAUACAACAGACAAAUUGGAUUGCAAAAAAAAAAAGCCAACUUCUCAACAAUGUGUAGUUUUGAUCCUGUCUUC